AUGGAUCUUAGUAGGCGUGCAAGGCCCUCUUUCCAAACAUCGGCUGCAGGGGUCCAUAUGAAUGGGUGGGUUCGUACAGACGUAGGAACCCAUAAUGUCCAAUAUACUGGAAAAGAGGGUCCAUAUAAAUGGGUGGGUUCAUACAGACGUAGGUAUAUUGUGUGA